GGCCGACAUUAAAAAUAAAAAAGAUUUAAGGGUCAAAUUAUCUACAUUUACCAAAUUAAACAAAAGAUUAAAGAAAGCUUUAUUAUACAUAAAAGGUCAUUAUCUCACAAAAAUAAACCCUUCACCUCUUGUUGUUUUGCACUCUCUCCAUCUCUCCGCCGCCAAGGAUGAGACGAACACCAUAACGGGAUGUCCUCACCAUAACGCCGUUAAAUCUGAACCCGUUUCAACACGUGCCAUUCAAAACGGAGAAUUACAAAAGGGAUUAAUUAAAUAAUAUUCCGUUUCAAUGGCUCUGGAACAACAGUUGGGAUUAGCAGUGACCGCCGUUGACGGUGACGGUAACGGCGGUGGUGGAGAGAAUAGUGCGCCGUCCAACGAAGGAGGCGAUGACAGCGUCAAGACGGCGAGGCUGCCACGUUGGACGAGGCAGGAGAUUCUGGUGCUGAUCCAGGGAAAGAGAGUGGCGGAGAACAGAGUCCGGCGAGGGAGAGCGGCGGGCAUGGCGCUCGGGUCGGGUCAAAUGGAGACGAAGUGGGCGUCUGUGUCGUCUUACUGCAGACGCCACGGAGUGAACCGAGGGCCGGUUCAGUGCCGGAAAAGGUGGAGCAACCUCGCCGGGGAUUACAAGAAGAUUAAAGAGUGGGAGUCUCAGGUGAAGGAGGAGACGGAGUCGUAUUGGGUGAUGAGGAACGAUGUUCGUAGAGAGAGGAAGCUUCCUGGUUUUUUUGAUAAGGAAGUGUACGAUGUUGUUGAUGGCGGCGUGGUUCCUCCGGCUCUUGCGCUUGGCUUGGCUCCGGCGUCGGCGGCGGCGGAGGGAGUGUUGUCUGAGUUAGAACGGAGAGAACCGGCGCCUAAUAAGUUGCUUCAGGAUGUUUUUAUGGACAAGGAGAAGCAAGCAGCGUGUGGAGCAGAUGAUCAAGGUAGAGUGAAAGAGAAAGAUGCAGAAGCAGCAAACCCAGAAGCUGGUUCGACAUCACAAGAGGCUAGAAAGCGUAAACGAACAUCUGCUAGUGAAGAUGAAGAAAAAGAAGAAGAAGCCACAAAGAGUAUGGAUAACCAGUUGAUACAGAUACUGGAAAGAAACGGACAGUUACUGGCGGCACAGCUUGAAGUUCAGAAUACAAACUUGAAACUAGACAGAGAGCAAAGAAAAGAUCAUGGUGAUAACUUAGUCGCUGUUCUCAGCAAGCUCGCAGAUGCUGUGGCGAAAAUCGCAGAUAAGUUGUAGAUGUAUAUGUGUAGAUUUGGUCGUAUAUAUUGCUUCCAGAUUACUUCUCAUUAUUAAUCUUUUUUUAUCUCUUAUUUACCACCAUUAUUGAUUGGAUAUUGAUGCUACCAGAGGGGGCUAUACAUGUUAUAUAAACAUGGAGAUUUAUAAGGUUUUAGGUUUUAGGCUUUA